AUGGACAACCACGGUGCUGCUUUUCUCACCCCGACACCAGGGCGGCUGCUGCAGCAGAAUGACCAGACAGCCGAGAUCUCUGGCCCUCCGGCGCACCACGAGGUGCAUGAGCUUGAGAAAAACGCUACAGCCUUGCAGUACGAAUUGAUGCCGGGGGAAAUCAUAGCAGCCAGUCUGCUUCUUGGAGUUUUGUGGCUACUUUCCAUCUUUGGGAACUCCCUCGUCUGCCUGGUGAUCCACAGGAGCCGAAGGACCCAAUCGACCACCAACUACUUUGUGGUCUCCAUGGCCUGUGCGGACUUACUCCUCAGUGUGGGGAGCACCCCACUGGUGCUCCUGCAGUUAGCCUCUGGCAGAUGGACCCUUGGGAGCCUGAUGUGCAAGCUAGUUAGGUAUCUCCAGUACCUCACUCCCAGCGUCCAGAUUUACGUGCUGCUCUCCAUCUGCGUGGAUCGAUUCUACACCAUCGUCUACCCUCUCAGCUUCAAGGUGUCUCGGGAAAAAGCCAAGAAGAUGAUUGCAGUCUCUUGGCUCUUCGAUGCCGCACUGGUGUCUCCGGUGUUCUUCUUUUAUGGAUCAGGACGGGACAACCACUGCAACUUCUUCCCCCCACAUUCCUGGGACGGAGCCAUUUACAGCAUCGUCCACUUGUUAGUGGCUUUCCUGAUCCCAUCUGUGCUCAUCAUUCUCUUCUACCAAAAAGUCAUCAAGUACAUUUGGAGGAUAGGCACCGAUGGCCGGACAGUCCGGAGGACCAUGAACAUCGUUCCAAGGACAAAAGUGAAAACCAUUAAGAUGUUCCUCAUGUUAAACUUGCUCUUCCUGCUCUCGUGGCUCCCCUUUUACGUGGUUCAGCUUUGGCACCCCCACGAGGCAGACUACAGAAAGAGCUCUUUGGCUUUCAUGUCAGUCACUUGGAUCUCCUUUAGCUCCUCCGCCUCCAAACCUACCUUGUACUCAGUGUAUAAUGCAAACUUCAGGAGGGGCAUGAAGGAGACCUUCUGCAUGUCCUCCAUGAAAUGCUACCGCAGCAACGCCUACACCAUCACCACCAGCUCCAGGAUAGCCAAAAGAAAUUACGUGGGUAUCUCAGAAAUUCCCGCCCCGGCCAAAACAGUUUCUAAAGACUCGGUAUACGAUUCCUUUGACAGAGAAGCAAAAGAGAAGAAGCUUGCCUGGCCCAUUAAUUCAAACCCACCCAACACAUUUGUCUAA